AAAUAAGUCUAUAUAGUUAUUGCGAACUAUGCGUUCGCACAAAGACUAAUAAUGUCUGCGGCGAGCUGCGGAAAUGUAAUCUCGCGAGCAUCGAGAGCGGUAAUUGUGGUGCGGUAAACUAUCACCAUCGCUCACCAUAGCACCAGUGCAAUGCAAUGACGAGCAGUAGACGACGAUCAAACGGUAUCCGACGCGUGAACGCGAAAAGUAUAUCACGACAGUGCGGACGCGACCUUCGUUUAUGCAGAAAGAUAAUCGAUAUUUUUCGCAGCUUCAGAUAAACUCAUCCUGUGCAUGACGUAUAUCUGGGAAUAACGCAGUUUCUGCAUGUGAUCAUAAUAUCGGUAGUGAAACUCCCACCAGAUUGCAACGUGUUCCGCAAUAAAUACCACAUUCUUUCGAGCACAUUACUGUAUUGUGUCUGCAUUGAUUUCUAAGAUCGUACGAAGAUGUCGUUUCGAUUAUUGAUUUUCUUGCUUCUGGUAUGCUGUUGUUACUUUGUCACUGCUACCAAGAGAAUGAGAGUGGACGGCAAGUCUUACACGGUAUCAGCGUAUCCGGAUGACUGCAAAAAGUACGUGAUGUGUAGCGAAGGCCGGUGCAAGCUGGAGACUUGCGAGCCCACUUACGUUUUCGACCCGGCCACCUCCACCUGCACCCACCGGCGCGGAUCUGUCAGCUGCGGCUUCCAGCUCUCGCGAAAAUCGCGACGCUAAGAUCGCCGAUGUGUUGUAACUGUCUUCUCCCCUCCGUGACAAAGUUCCGAAGGUGUUCAAUAAAAUACUCUGUAUGAAACAACAAUUCCAUCCAUUUGUCAUCCCGUGUUGUUUGUGUCUGCGUUCCUUGUGUCGGUCCUUUUAUAAAGCCGCCUUGCGAUAAUCAUUAACGAAUAAAAGUUUGCUCGUGCAUUGUCAAUUGGCAAAUAGGUCUGUUUGCAGUCGCUUGUUCAUUGCGUCAACUCGCACGCAUACAGGCGCUUUUUUUUCGCUUUAUGCGUGUGUGCGCGAGCUUAUUAAGCCGAGAAUUCUCUCCUUCUCUCUCCGCUGUGUUAUCUGUGUUCUCCCAUUUUCCCUCGCUGCUGCACGUUCGGCGUACCACAUAAGACGAACCUCGACCUCUUCGGCAGAUAACCCUUUGAUUUCCCUGAACCGAAGUACUUGUUGUCUCUCUAUCUGCUUCGGUCUGUUGAUAUACACUUCUAUGAAAUGCGGCGCUGGUUGACCGUUGGAUACGAUGCCACGAUUUCAUGUGGAACCGAGAAUCAGUACAGUACGAUGCUCGGUAUAUUGUGGAAGCAUCGAAAAUGACGAUGUGUUUUAAUCGUUUCCUCUGCGUCGCGCUCUACCUCAUCUAUAUUGCCGUUUUUUCUUCCGCGAUCUAUGAUCCAAGCUUGACAACUACGAAACCACCGGAGCGUCGUGAAUCGGUGCUUCCUUGGCAUUCGUUUGAUAAAGAGAACAAAUCACGCAUUCAGAUAGAAUCUCGUUCUCCAAAAUGGCAAUCACGGGAUAAUAUUUCGCCCAAACCUAGUACAAAGAAUUGGAGUCCUUGGUGGAAGGCUCCUGACAGCGAAAUCGAACAAAGAAAGCAGGUUGACAUUCAGGAUAAUAUUCCUGAGCAAGUUCCCGAGCAAGUGUCUGAACAAAUUUCUGAGCAGAAACGUAACUUUGAUAAAUCGGAUCAACAAAAAGAAAAUGUGAAAUCUUUUGGACAUGGAGAAUCCGAUAAAAAAUACGGGCGCUUCAAGGAUGAUUCAAAAUACGGAAAUCGGCCUCAAAACGAAAUUGAUUUUGCGUAUAAGCAACCGCCGAGAAGUGACGGUGCGAAAGAUACGUAUGUGGAAUUUGAGAACGAGAAUUUGUAUGAAGGCAUAGCCACUGAUAGCACGAAACCACGAAAGGAAAAAAUACUUUUUUCACGAAAACCGCAGCAGAAAGUGGCUCGAUACGAUUCUCGACUCGGUGUUCAAUGUCCGGAUCACAAUUCCACCGGGCAAUUUGUUUAUCCGCCUGAUUGCAAGUUUUUCGUCAAUUGCUGGAAAGGCCGCGCGCUUGUCCAACCGUGUUCUCCAGGCACUCAUUUUAAUCCUGAUACUUUAGAGUGCGAUUUUCCGCACAAAGUGAAAUGCUACGAGAGUGAAUUCAUCGAUUUUAGGGAGCCAUUAAACUCUGAAUCUCAAGUUGAUCGAAAGUCGGAGAAGUUGCAAGAACCAAAAUGUCCGCCUUAUUUGACGGGUUUGUUGCCACAUCAUGGAGAUUGCACAAAAUUUUUGCAAUGUGCGCACGGUGCAACCUACAUUAUGAAUUGCGGUCCUGGAACAGUUUUCAAUACAGCUAAUGGUGUGUGCGAUUGGCCAUAUAAUGUAAAGGGCUGCGAAGAUACUUUUAAAUCUCAUGAAGAUGACAAAGUACCGUUUACGCCUCCAUUUGCGGAUUUUGAACAUGACAAAUCGAGAUACACCGAAAUAAAGAAGAUUAGUUGUCCUACGGAUUUCACUGGAUUAUUGCCUCAUCCGGAAACGUGUAAAAAAUUCCUUCAAUGUACGAACGGUGGUACUUUUGUGAUGGAUUGUGGUCCUGGAACAGCCUUCAAUCCUCUUACGACGGUUUGCGAUUGGCCUUACAAUGUGCCCAGUUGUAAAACAGAUAAAUCCGAUGAUAGAGCGCAUGGAACGGGGAGUAAGACGUGGUCACCAUCUACUGGACGUACCGCACCAUGGUCAAACUCGGGUCGAUAUAAUCACACAACUGGUGGUCACGUCUCUUGGCCGGGAUACAGUGCGACAACACAUAGGCCAACAUGGAGACCAUUCACGACGACCUCGAGUCCACACUGGACACCAACAUGGACAACUGCGAGGCCGUCUUAUGAUCGUCCUGGGCAUGCUUAUCACGGAGAAAGCCGAUACAAAGAUCAUGGACCGUACACUUGGCAACCAAGCAGUGGAAAUGUGGGUCGUCCUUCCGAUAGCAAAUAUGAUCAAAGUCCAGAUAGGCAAUGGACAGAAAGUCAAGGGACUGUUCAAGAUCCACACGGAGGUCAUCCCGAUUAUCCAGGAAAAUCAUGGCCGUAUGAACAUAAAAGUCAAGAUCACCAUCACGGAUAUCAUCCUCCUGGUUACCAUCAUCCUCCCGGUUACCAUCAUCCUCCCGGUUACUAUCAUCCUCCCGGUUACUAUCAUCCUCCCGGUUAUCAUCAUCCUCCCGGUUAUCAUCACCCUCCCGGUUCCUAUCAUCCUCCCGGUACUUAUCAUCAGUAUCCUUACGAUUACGGAUCCGCACCCCCAGCAAAUCCUAAUUGGGACUCAGGUAGCCGUACGAGUGAUCGAGGAUACGAUCAACAAUACCACGAGGGACACAAUCCGACGGGUGACGGUUCUCAAUGGCGUCCCGAUUACAAUUAUCCUCAUAAUAUUCGCCCGCAUUUCGACGACACUACGGUGGACGAAACAGAACAGAAGCAAUUGCAACCACAUUUCCCUCCCGGAAGAUACGAUAAAAAAGAUAACGUUCAGUUUCCCGAUAGACAGAAUAAAACAAAGUUUGGCGUCGACAGAAAUCUGCCAGCAAAUACCGGUUAUGAUUUCACGCCGAAUAGACAAGAUUAUGGUAGGAUGAAUCCUGGAUUUCAUCCCAGCUUCAAUCGUACUGCUCCACCCACUGGAAAUGUUUUCCUAAAUAGUGAUAAUAAAUUUGGGGAUUGGAAUGAGACCAAAGAUGGAUCGCCACAACAUAGACCACCUCCACCUUGGAUAGGACAAGAAAAUACUGCUUGGAAUCAUCCGGACAGAUCUGGUUUCAAGCCGAGUACACGAUAUGAUUCGCAAGAUCGACGACCAACACAGACGAAAUGGGAUGAAGAUACAAUCGAUUCGGACGAUAAACUGCAUCGAUGGCAUUCCGAAAGUAAUAUUUAUCAAGAAACGACUGAUAGAGAGGCAGAUACAAAAAUAGCACAGUGGGCGUCAAGGACUAAUGUCUUUCUAAACUCGAGGGGUCAAGUAGAUUUAGAAACUAAGAAUACGACUCAAUAUCCGAAAGUAAACCAAUAUCCAGAUGGAAUAUAUGUCAAUGUAAAUGGUAUAAAAGGCCAUUUCAUUACGAAAGAAAUUGAGAAUAAUCAAGGACAUUCGAAGAUCCAUCAACCGUAUGAUGCUCAGAAAUCCCGCAACUGGAAUAAUAUUCUUAAUAGCACUGAUUAUCAACCACUCAUCAUAACGACAACUCCGGUGACAAUAACAACAGGAGUGUUUCUAAAUAAAUUACCUGAAGUGGCAAGAAAAGAAAGAGAGUUUAUGGACACUACGAGCCCAAAGGAGUCGCAUAAUUUUUCUGACGAGGAAAUAAGUGAAACAAAUUCGGAAUCUCGAGAUAUCGAACCCGAGAUAAAUGAUUAUGAUGUAGAUGUGUUGGAUGAUAAAAAUACGUGGAAGCCCAGGUUGGUUUUUGAAAAUAAGACUGUGACUACGACAACUCCAUCGGUUAUUAUGAGAAUCGGUCCGAAAAAUGUCGACGUUGAACUUUUUAACAUUGAAGCGGCACCGUUUAAGGAAGAGGAACCUCCGUUCCCAGUUUAUUAUGUGCAUCCGGUGCAAUCACUAAAUGGUUUAAGAAAGUCCGAUCGAUUUACACCUCUAUCCGGCCAGACAAUUCGCUUGAGAGGUGGUUCUGCCGCUAAUGAUGGUUAUGUUGAGGUGCAAGGUACAAUGCCUGGUUGGGGCAUAGUAUGCGAUUCUAGAAACAGUUGGACACUAAAGGAAGCUCAUAUUUUAUGUAGACAACUCGGUUAUAUUAGAGGCGCUGAAAUGGCUUGGCAAGGUAGAAACAACAAUCGCGAUGGAGUGCCAACUUGGAUCGCUGCAAACAGUGUAACAUGCUUCGGCAACGAGACUAGAUUCCAAUCGUGCAAAUUCACGCAUAAUCAAGAGUGUCGCGUGGAUAGAGAUGCAAUCGGUGUGCGAUGCGCUCCCAAUCGUAUAGCACAUUGUCGCAAGGAUGAAAUAUCGCAUGAUGGACAAUGUUACCACUUAGCUGGUCCCGAUAGCGGACUCAAUCAUGGGGAAGCAUUGGAGUACUGCACACGAAGGAAUGCACGGGUCGUUGACAUCACUAGCCAGGCGGAAAACAACUUUGUGUCGGAGUGGCUAUUGCAAUCGCAUCCGGAAGUUAGCUCCAUCAUGACUUCCGGCUUUGGUUUCACCACCAUGAAUCACACCUUGUGGCUCUGGGAUGAUUCCACCCGAGCAAAAUUCAAAUUUACAAAGUGGUGGCCUGGAUGGAAGAAUGAUAUGAAACCAUUGCCGUGGGUAGGCUCUCGUCCUCAUUGUAUCGUAAUGAAACGGAAAUUUCCAUGCCACGAACGACCUGACACGAUAUGUAAUACAGAUUAUUUCUUCUGGGAUACUGAAGACUGCGCAACUGACUCGAAAGGACAUUUCUUUAUUUGCGAGAGACCUUAUGAUGACAUCGGUUGUGUUUACGGGAAAGGAAAUCAAUACAGCGGUAAAGCCAAUGUAACAGUAUCAGGAAAUGAAUGUCUCCCGUGGGCCGAUGACAGAAUCGCACAUCAAUUACGCGUGAAUGUUAUUAACAAAGAAAUUCAAGAGAAAUUGAAAAUGCAUAACUACUGCAGAAAUCCUAAUCCGGGAAAAGAAUCGAGACCAUGGUGCUUUACAGGAUCUGGAAAACGUGAAUAUUGCGACAUUCCUGCUUGUGGACAUAUCGAUCCAAAACGCUCUUUGCUGUCUGGUCAAUGCAAACCUAAACAUUUCGAAUGUAUACCUGGAGAAUGUAUUCCAUCUCCAUGGGUUUGCGAUGGAGAAGAGGAUUGCACAAAUGGUGCUGACGAAAGGACUUGCAUUAUGGAUCUCAGUCUCUUUGCAAAAUCCGCGAAGCAUAAACUUGACGGCUACGAUGUGGAAAAAUGGUUGAACACGCCGUUGAAAACAUGUGCUCUGAGAUGCAAAGAAGCUGAUUUUACUUGUCGCUCGUUUAAUCACAAAUCGGAUGGUAAUGUCUGUUUGUUAAGCAGCAGCAACAUCGGCUUGACUGGCGCACUUAAGUCUGACAAGCAAUUCGAUUAUUACGAAUUGAGGGAGAGAAGCAUAAACUGCGACGGCAUGUAUGUUUGCGACAAUCACAAGUGCAUAAAUGAAACACAAGUCUGCGACGGCAAAAACGAUUGCAAUGAUCGCAGCGACGAGAGCAUCUGCACGACUGAAAAUCUUGAUUACGAUAUCCGUUUGGCUGGUGCCAAUAAUAGCUACGAAGGUAGAAUCGAAGUCAAAAUUCUAGGACAUUGGGGGCAGGUAUGCGACGAUGGCUUUGGCAUGAUCAAUGCUGACGUCAUUUGCAAAGAGCUCGGUUUCGAUCUUGGAGCUUUGGAAGUUAGACCGGGAGGAUUUUAUGGAAAUCUCGAUCCACCUACGAGAUUUAUGGUGGAUCAGUUGAAGUGUCGCGGAGACGAGUCGACACUACGAGAAUGCGAUUUUAACGGAUGGGGAGUUCAUAACUGUCAGCCGGAAGAAGCUGUCGGUGUCGCGUGUAAGACCGCGGUCAAUACCUGUCAGGAAGGUUAUUGGAAAUGCGAUAAUAGUCCAACUUGCAUACAGACUCCGUUCAUUUGUGACGAAGUGGUUGAUUGUCCAGACCAAUCUGACGAAAGUCCGGAACAUUGCGACGCGCCGUUUGAAUUGCGCUUGGUGAAUGGCAGCAGCCCUAUGCAAGGCAGGGUGGAAGUACGUCAUCACGGUGUGUGGGGUACUGUGUGUGAUGAUGAUUUCACAAAUACCACAGCAACGGUUAUUUGUAGAUCAUUGGGCUACGGUGGUAUCGCAAUCGCCAAGAAAGAUGGAUACUUUGGGCCUGGCGAAGGACUAAUAUGGCUCGACGAGGUCUUCUGUCAUGGAAACGAAUCGCAAUUAUAUCGAUGCGAACAUAAUCACUGGGGUCAGCAUAACUGCGAUCAUAACGAGGAUGCAGGUGUCAUUUGUUCAGCUGGAGAUGUGAAUAAUGAUGGCAAGCCAUACUGGAUGAACAGUUCGGAACUUCCAAAACAAAAUAUCGACGAGCUUCUCCCAUCACAUUGUGGCAAACGUGCCAAAGAUUUUAACGACGAUGAAGAGUUGAUAUUUCAAAAAGUGGUGCAUGGAUCCGUAGCGCCAAAGGGCACCUAUCCGUGGCAGGCCAGCAUUCGGGUCAGAGGACAUAGCCGAUCGAAUCACUGGUGCGGCGCAGUCAUCGUAUCGCCUUUACAUGUGUUGACAGCGGCGCAUUGUUUGGAAGGUUACAACAAAGGCACUUAUUUCGUUCGUGCCGGAGAUUAUAACACAGAUAUAGACGAGGGAACGGAAGCAGAGGCCAAUAUCGAGGAUUACUAUAUACACGACGAAUUCCGCAAAGGCCACAGGAUGAACAACGACAUCGCUCUGGUUCUACUUAAGGGUCACGGUAUCCCGCUUGGCAAGGAUAUCAUGCCAAUUUGCUUGCCAUCCGAGAAUACUGAAUAUUCGCCCGGACUCAAUUGCACGAUCAGCGGAUUCGGCAGUAUCGAGAUGGGAAAGACAAUGCAAUCGAAGGAUUUACGAUACGGCUGGGUGCCUCUGCUGGACCAGUCAAUAUGCCGAGCUAGUUAUGUUUACGGCGAAGGCGCUAUAAGCGAGGGAAUGAUGUGUGCCGGUUACCUUGACGAAGGUGUCGAUACAUGUGACGGCGAUUCCGGCGGUCCUCUGGCGUGUUAUCACAAUGGAGCUUUUACUUUAUAUGGCAUAACCAGUUGGGGACAGCAUUGCGGUAAGGCGAACAAACCUGGAGUUUAUGUCCGUGUAGCGCAUUAUCGCCGAUGGAUCGAUCAGAAGAUUAUAGAAUCAUUAGCAGGUAGAUAAAAGAUUUAUUGGAAUUAUAAAAUUCUCGAAUGUUUAAUAUAGUUCAAUGUACGCUAGUUAUUGUAGAUUCUUAAAAAAUAUUUUUUAAACUGUAGUACGUAUCGAUUCCACUUGUACCGGGCAAUCAUUACGUAUGACAAUUUUAUCAUCCACCUGUAAAUAUAAUAAUAAUUAGAUACUUGUCAUAUAUAUUUAUUGCUUUUAUCCUUUUGUUGCUGUGUCAUGCACGAAAGGCGCAUAGUAACCAGUCGGAGGUAAUUCUGUUAAUUUGCAGUUUAUUUCGUAAGACAUUUUCGUUUCUACAAUAAUUGUAAUUGCUGCUUUUGUGUUACAUGAUUGAGCCUAUUUUAUGUACAAUAGUCCCAACAUAUCUGACCCGAUUCAAUCCAAGGUGAUAACUCAGUGGAUGGCGUUUAUACAAAUUGAAUAAAAAAUGUAUGCAAUCGCGGAAGAAACGAUGCGUUUGCAACAUAAACUUACAUAGCUGAAUUACAAUAUUAUAUUGCUGUAUAGAUUUAGGCUGAUCGGACAAAAGCUAAUAGUUCCCCAUUGUUCGCUUAUUAAGUCACUUUUUAAAAGCAUAAAGACAUUAAAACAAUGAAAACUACUGCAAUCAAUAGCACGUAUAAAACAUUGAUCAAUAUAAAGUUUGAAUAGAUUUUUUCAUAGAUUUUAAUAUAAAGAUUAUACUUGAAGUCAUAAUCGUAUGUUUCUUGUAAAAAUCUAAAGAUUUGCAAAAAAAUAUAUAUCUCAAACAAUUGUACGAAUAUUUUUCUAUUCUUUACGAAAUUAAUUCGUACAUAUUUGUCAAUAUUUUGUAAUUUGAAAUUUAUUUCGGCCGCGAAUAACCCAAAGAUCAUGAUUUCCUUUGAAACAAUCCUCAUAAAACCGAAAGUUAAACUCUUGCUCUUUCGAGCGUUCAUUAUAUUGACUUUUGUUAUAUUUACGGAUACUUGCGAACAAAAAGAAACUUACAAAUCACACAGAGUACAUAUGAUUAAAGUUUUCUAUUGGCAAGAAAUUAGUGAUCUCGAAUGACAAUGUUGUAAACGAGAUUUGACGCCAGAAUACGCUUAAUAUAAGAUUUUUUAGUGCAUAUGCAAAAGAAAGUGAUUAAAAAUUAUUAAAUACAUCGAUUGUACUUGCUAUAAAAUGACAAACAAAGAGUUCAUAGAAUUCUACAAAGAAGAUAUCCUAUCUACGUCACAUGGUGCGCAAUUAUAAUCUUAUGUCACUUAAGGGAAUGUCGAUCAAGAAUACGCUUAGCAUGGAAAUUAAUAUUAAAUCUAAUUUAAAUGCGCUUAAUUUAGGCAUAAAGUGGCCCGAAUCUGUGUCGCUGAAAAAUAUAUGUUAUAUUGAUAUAUGUGGAAGAGAUGUAAUAAUAAACUCUUAAAAUAUAUAAUA